CAUAUAUCUUAAGAUAAGUUAAGCGAAUGUGAAAUUAAGAUAGAUAGAUAGAUUUAACAGUUUUACUCCAACAUCAACAGUCUCGUUUGCUUGUGACUGAAUUUGCAUAAAUUAGGGUUAGUUUCCUGGUUACAGCGUUUCCAUGAAGACCAUGAAACACGUCAACAAACCCAUGAGACGGAGACGUGGGAUUGAAAAAACCGGAAAGUUACCAACAGGGCUCCCCCGGGAGGACACGUGUCCAGCUGUUGCUGUUGGGAUCCAUGGGAAGCUGGAAGUCAGUGUGAACACAGAGGGUCUGUCAGCCCUCCACAUGGCCUGCCUUUAUGGCCAGCUGUCUACUGUUCAGCUCCUGGUGGAGUCCGGGCUAGUGUGGAUUCACAGCAGCGAUCACCAGGGACGCCAGCCUGUUCACAUGGUCUUGUCCUCCCGGAGCUCACCCAACACCUCCUCGUGCCUCAGAUACCUCCUGGAGCACGGGGCCAACGUCAAUGUUGCCACAGAUUCAGGGUCGACCCCGCUGCACCUGGCUGCCUCUGAAGGCCUGCUGGACUGCACAGAGAUCCUUGUGCAGGCUGGAGCAGAUGUGCUGGCCAAGGACAGCAUGGGACACACUGCUCUGGACUUGGCACGCAUCUGUUGCCGCAGGAAGGUAGCAAGGUAUCUGAAAAGCUGCGUAUGGCAGCAAGAUAAGAAGAAAGAAAUGCAGAAGAGGAGGUUGGUUCAAGCUUUAUACAGAGAUCUCGUGGACAGGGCCAAGCUUAAUGAGCUCAAUAAAAAGACACUUAAUGAUAUGAAGACGGCAGAGUGGGCCAACAGGAAAAGCUUGCCCCUCCUAAAGGAUUUCUCCCCACGUGUCCUGGUCAGCCGGUACCACACCCAGUGCCUCUCGUCAGAUCAGAACACAAAACAUGCCAAGCACCCAUUGAAGCACCAGCCAGGAGGCCCUCAGGAGGACAGGAGCACCUACACUAAGCAACCUCAUGCCUCGUCCUCCAGGCCCUGGACCAUUUUCAUGGGCCUCCAGCCUGAGAAGCCCCCCAAAGAACCAGACCUCCGGGACAGCAUCACAGUGUGGAGGGACAGCAGCAGCACAAAGCCUCACUACACCACUAAGUGGGACAGCAGACCUCAUCCCACUCCUGACCUACCCCUGGAUGUCCUUGAGAGGGUGUUGUUCCCCAGAGCCUUCCCUUCCAGGAUCGCGUCCCCUCGGUACUUUGAGCCACAGAACAUUGAGGAGGUCCAGCGCCGAGGAUACCCCCAGGGGCGGAGAACCUCCCCCUGGACAGAAGUGGCCAUGCACCUGGCUGAGGUACUGGAGCCCGGGCACUACUGAUCAUCGUUCUCUGUACUGGAAGAGCACCAACUACACCUGCGAUUAGUAGAUGGGUUUAAAUAGAUGUAUUAAAACUCAUCAAAAUAUAUGAAAUGUUUCAUCUAAGUAUAGACGUCUGGCAGUGUCCUCUGUUCAGUCUCACAUCAAAAAUAUUAGCAGACCUUCCCUAACAACAUAUCCUGCCACCCCACAACUCAAAGUGACAAAAUUAAAAAUGCCACACACUCCAGACGCUACGCCUCAGAAAGUGGGGUGAACGGACGGGUGAGUGAAAGGUGAGAAAACCUCAGUGAACUGGGUCACCUGUCACAGAUGUAUCCCUGCACUUUCACUGAUCCCCCCCAGGGAACUGACUCGGGAUCCAGGUGAGGGCUUGUCAACAGCCUGUGUGUAACUGUGAGCCGUGGCCUGACAGCUAAAGGUGUGUGUGUGUGUGUGUGUGUGGCUGUUUUGUCUUUUCCCUUUACUUCAUGAAGCACUUCACACCUCAGUGGGGGUCAAAGUGCACUCUAGUCUCAACCUGGUGCACACACUGUGACCGAGCCACAUGGGACACUGGGUAACAUAAUGCCAUCCAGAUAGACCGACUGGCGCGCGCGCACACACAUAUAUAUAAAUAUCAUCUUGAAAGAGUGGCGUUCAGGGUGUGAGAACAGUUGGGAAAAUGCAUUGUACUGAAAAUAAGAUUUUAAACUGAAAGGGUGAAUUAACUGGAUUUAAUUAGGAAUGCUGAGGAUCAGUACAUCUAUUUUUGCCUUUAUGUCCUUGAGCAACCUGUGAAAAGAACCAUUUAAUCUGUGUUAUUUCAAAUCUCUCUUUAUUGUACUAUACAGUUGGGCGCAUAUCAGCCUACAAUGAACCGCACUCAGUAAUUGGUAAAAAGAAUUUCGGCCGCUCUAAUAGUACUUUCAUCAACAAUUUUUUGAGCAGCUUUUGUCCCCGACACCCGAAAGCUUACAUAAGUCACUGCGCAGGUUUCAGUGUUUUCAUUUGUCUUUGAUAUCGGCUUAACUCAACGAUCAAUGUACAAAAAUCAGUGUGUAAUUACUGUGAAUUUUUAAAAACAGUCCAAAAAAAAAA